CCAGUGCGUGACAUGACUUUAAUUGACCAAGUUAUUUUUUCACCUUGAACUCCUAGGCCUACCAUAAACUUCCGUUUAGAGGCUCAUAUUUUAAAUAUACUACGCCUAUGUCAAUGAUAUCAUAUUAAGUCAGCCAAGGGAUCAGGCCAGUGGUAAAUAGCUGUAAUAUAGGCUAAUGAUAAUUUAUUAAAAUUGUACAGAUACCCAAAAUAACAGUAGCCUAUAACUUGGCUACUGCGUAACACCGCAAAACAACAUUAAAGUAGCCUAGUCUACAAAAAUCCAUAUAUAAAACAACUAAGAGGCUUCCCCAAGGUUUAACACACAAUAAAGACAGAGAAGUUACAAGAAAUCAAAGCAGAACGAGCCAUAUGAGCAAUAGGCUACCAUUUAAAACGUGAUAAGAUGCUGUUUUUUUUUUUUUCAAUAGCUUUCGUGUUUAGAGGAUACUUCCAUCAUUCCCCUUCAUUUUAACCCGAAUCAUCUUAUUUGGCUAUAGUUCAUUUUAUAGUUGUAGAUUAAUUAACAUACACUCGGACGUAGGCUAUUGAGUUAUUUUACAAUUCAUUUUCAAUUUAGGCUAUGAUGACCUGAGAGGUCCAUCCUACCGAUUGCGAAGCAAGCCUAUUUGUCAUGGUUGAGUAACCAGUUUCAGAACUAUCUUUGUCUUCGACUCUAAACCAGUGGGAUAGGCUGGAUAAUAGUGUCUAGAAAAAGAGGAGAGGCUGAAACCGGGGAUGAAACCUAAUUGUUCUUGCUGGGAUAUUAAAUGGCGAUACAACCAGACCUGCUCUUCAACUACUAAGCUAGGGCUCAGCUUCCGUGUUGUGCACCUGCGGAACAGGACAGCGAGCCAGAGGCCGAAAUGGAAGACGGAGAGAGUCAUGCCUACCAUCGGGGGGAAAAAGACUCAAAACAGCCCGAAGGUACUACUAAACAUCCGUUCAAUGGAGGUAUGGACAAUGUUAACGUGAGUGGACACUCUGUUACUUUAACAUCAACAAACAAUCCAAAGUCCGAAAUAGAGCCCUCUACACUGAAGACCUGCGUUGACCACGACUCUGAGUUGGACUCGUUUUGCAGUUCCGAGGGGAAACUUAUAUGUUCUCUCUGCGCCAUUUCGGGACCGUGUCAGGGUCAUACAGUGACAGCACUCGCCACUCAAGCAACAGCAGUGAGGAAUCAGCUUGUGGACAGUUGUGAGAAGAUGCAGCUGCAAGCAUCACGGAUUGAGCGCUUUAUAAGCCAAACAUUGUCUGCCAAAGAGAAAGCAGUGCAGGCUGACGCUAGUGCAGCGCGGGAACGGGUGCUGGCCCAGGUGAAUGCCGUGCGGGAGGCCCUGGAUGAGGAAGAACAGCGCCUCCUGGAGGCUGUGCAGAAGGAGCAGGAACGCGUGGAGCAGUGUCUCCUCACGCAGCGCGCCCACUGGAGCCAGGCCCUCACGACACUUGCACACACACGCACCAACCUGGUGCACACUCUCACACACUCACAGGACGCACAGCUGGUGACAUCCAGUCAAGAAAUAUCUGACAGGUUGGAGGAGGCCGAGGGAGUGGGGGAGCCACGUGACACUGAGCAGCUAAACCUGAGCUCUGACUGCAGUGACAGCAGACUCAUGCAGGGCCUGUGGGCCAGUGCUGUUCUUCUGGGCCCCUCAGCUCAUGGUCCGGCCAACCUGCGUUUCCAGGAGCGUUCGAUCAGCUCCAUGCUCUCCCUGUCUACUGACGAGUGCACGCUCACCUUCCUGCCCAAGCGCGCCCGCCAGUCCCCUCCUUAUGACCCGGCACGCUUCGACUGCUGGCCCAACGCGCUCGGCACCCUGGCCAUCUCCUCUGGAACCCACAGCUGGGUGCUGGACGUGGGUCAAAGUGAUGCCUACAAGGUUGGUGUGUGUUAUGCCAGUAUGGAUCGUAAGGGGUCUGGAAAUGGGGCACGGCUGGGCUACAACGACCGCUCCUGGGUGCUGUCGCACUACGAGGGCGACUUCACCUUCUGCCACGCCGGGCGCCACGUGGCUCUCCACCUGAUUCAGAGACCCAAGCAUGUAGGGAUGCUGGUGGACUGGCCCAGUCAGACACUGGUGUUCUAUGACCCGGACUCUUACUGCGUCCUGCAUGCCAUCAGUCACCCCUUCAGCGCCCCCCUGCUGCCCGCUUGUGCGGUGGCAGACCACAGCGUCACACUGCUGCAUUAAGCAGAGCAGGGCAGGUGGACAAAGGUGGAGUUGUAGCACAAUAUAUAUAAUAAAAAGAGAAUGUAAAGUCUACUAAUUAUUUUGCUGCUGCAGUGCAAAAAUCAUGAGCUUGUACACCGGUGCAAAGAAUACUCACUUUGGUACACAACAGUCUGCGCCCAGUACAUCUUUUGAGAACAUCUCAUAUUCACUUGUCAACUCAUCCCAGCAUGUCUGGAUUGAUUAAUUGAUGGAUUGAUGAAUGGUCAUGACCUGAGGCUCUUUCAGUGAAAAUAUUAAUGUCCGGAUUCUUAAACUAUGGGUUGCAGAUUCACUCUAUGUUAGUGACACCACUAGUGUAUGAAAACACUGAAGACUAUUUUUCCAAGAAGCCACUGGUGUGUUCAUCUAAGUGUGUUUAUAUUAUUUACUUUCAGCCCUUACUCUUAACGACAGCUUACUGAAUAAUAAUGUUGGGACCCAUAUGCUAUAUCAUGCAUGCCACACAUUUCAAUGUUGGGUUAUAAUAUUGAUUACUGACUGAUUAGUGUUGUUGAUAUGUUGUUCAUGCUAUCUUGAUUUUUUUUGCAUCAUUCAUCAAUCACCUUAAAGUAUUUAUAUUGAUUGUAAAGCUUAUUAUACUCUGUGUAGUUAUGAUUAGGCAGAUCAACAUAUGUAUUAUGUGCUAGUAGAAUCUUAAGGAAUGGUUAUAAUUAUGUUUUAUUGUGAACAUGUCAUGUUUAUUUAUUAAUGCAAUGUUAUUUAAUAAUGACAUCAGUUAUAAAAACUGAAGUGGAAAAUGUGUAAGGAGUGUGCUGUCUGUAUUAUGCUUGAAGGAUUAUAAAGUCAACGCAUGAAGUAGAUUGUAUUUUUAAAUGUUUCCGUUUAGGUGAUAAAAUGUAUGUUUCAGUGCUGGCAAUAUCCUGUUGGCUAUAAUGUAGCCUUAUUCAAUGAGACAACUUAAGAAAGAAAGGAAAGUGAAAGGAAAGUGAAGACCAGCAGGUGGCAGUAGUGCAUAAACAUGUGAGGGACUAGCCUAUACCACAAGUCAUUACUGGAUACCAGACAGGUUACAAGGGUAACACUGAACUUUGCGAAUGUGGGUCUGUGACAUCACCACCACCAAAUCAUCAAGUGCAGUAAAGCUGUGUGUGAUGUGUAAAGUGCAGAGUUGUGUCUGUAUGGUCUUACUUGUAGUGUGUCUAAUAAACUGGCCUCACCUGCGAACAAGCCA